GUACAGAAUAAAUCCCUUGGCUCUUGUCUACUCGCUCUGCGAACACUGUGAUUCCCGGCGAACGAAGCAACUGAAUCUUCCAUUAAUGGCGUUAUCUCGAUCAAACCUUGGGCUCUCUCGGAUCCUUCGCUCUCUAUCAAAUCGUAACCUAAUAAUACCCUUCUCCUCCUCCGCCGCCGCCACGUCUCUUCACCAUGACGACGGCGACAACCUCGACGAGACCGCCUCCGCCGCUGCAGUCAACGUCGUUGAGUUUACCAUGGAGGACUUACAGAUCGCCGACAAGUUCCACUCCCUCAUCAAGGACCACUAUCGCAAAAACCCUAACCCCAGCGCCGACACCGCCGCCUUAAACCCUAGCCUCUCGACCCCCUGCCAUUCCCUCGAUUUCUCCUCCAUCGCUUCUCCGAUUUCUCCUUCGGUCGUCCGGUGCGUGAUCGAGAAGUGCGGCGGGGUCCGCCACGGCAUUCCUUUUGAACAGGCGUUAGCCUUCUUCAGCUGGGCCACUUCCCGCGAUGGCUACGACCAGAAUACGCCUGGUCCGUACAACGAGGUGGUCGACCUCGCCGGAAAGGUACGGCGUUUCGACAUAGCUUGGAACUUGAUCGAUCUGAUGAAAUCGAGAAACGUAGAGAUUACCAUAGAGACCUUCACGAUUCUGAUUAGGCGAUAUGUUAGGGCUGGAUUAGCUUCUGAGGCUGUUCAUGCCUUCAACCGUAUGGAGGAUUACGGUUGUAUACCCGACAAGAUAGCGUUUUCCAUUGUAAUAAGCAAUCUCUGCAAGAAGAGAAGAGCAAAUGAAGCUCAGUCCUUUUUCAACAGCUUGAAGGAUAGGUUCGAGCCUGAUGUUAUCGUAUACACCAACCUGGUCCGUGGAUGGUGCCGAGCUGGUGACAUUACAGAGGCAGAAAAGGUGUUCAAGGAGAUGAAAAUGGCUGGAAACAAACCAAAUGUAUACACUUACAGCAUCGUGAUCGAUGCAUUGUGCAGAAGCGGGCAAAUCAGCCGUGCCCAUGAUGUGUUUGCUGACAUGCUAGACACGGGUUGUGCCCCGAAUGCCAUAACUUUCAAUAACUUGAUGAGGGUUCAUGUCAAAGCAGGGAGAACCGAGAAGGUUCUGCAGGUUUAUAACCAGAUGAAGAAGCUGGAAUGUGAACCGGACACUAUCACGUACAAUUUCCUCAUCGAUACUCAUUGCAGAGAUGGGAAUCUGGAUAACGCCGUCAAAGUUCUCAACACGAUGAUCAAGAAAGGGUCCGAACCCAAUGCCUCGACAUUCAACACGAUAUUUCGGUGCAUCGAGAAGAAAAGGGACGUGAAUGCCGCACACAGGAUGUACGGGAAGAUGAGGGAUGUGAACUGUGAGGCUAAUACAGUGACCUACAACAUAUUGAUGAGGAUGUUUGCCGGGUCGAAAUCAACCGACAUGGUUCUGAAAAUGAAGAAGGAGAUGGACGAGAAAGGGAUCGAGCCAAACGUGAACACUUACCGGAUUCUAGUGACGAUGUACUGUGGGAUGGGGCAUUGGAACAAUGCCUUCAAGUGUUUCAAGGAGAUGGUAGAGGAGAAGGGCCUGAAACCGAGCCUCCCUCUCUAUGAGUCGGUUCUUGCCCAGCUGCGAAAGGCCGGACAGUUAAAGAAGCACGAAGAGUUGGUCGAGAAAAUGAUCGAGCGGGGAUUCGUCUCGAGGCCGAUAUAGAUGGAUUGAUUCAAAGGGUCUUUGGAAUUUCGGAGACAGGUUCAUUGUCGAUCCAAUGGCGACCUCUUCUUAUACUCACUGACCGGACAUGCUUUCAAUCCUUUGCACUCACUCUGUUUUGUUAUAAAUUAGACAAAAAAAAUAUUGUUUUUAUCAAGAAAUACAACAUCUGAUUCGUUUUCAAUCGUGCUAGAGAUUCACAAUUUUUUUUAACUA